AUGGCUUUGAAUUCUUCAGAAAUCACUGUUCCACCUCAAGUAUGCACAAUUGUGCCUCCAUCACCCAACUUGAAACGCAAGCAACUAAUGUGGCAGAAUGCUGUACGUCACAUUAUCGACCAACGGGGGAUGCACCACGAGGGGCGAGCAGUCAACUCUCGCAAAAUCAUUGUUACUGACGCCUACAUCGAUGACAUCAACAGACAGAUUCGGAACAAAGCUGCACGGGGCAAUGCUGGCAUGCACAAGCGGCGCUCCUCUGCAGCUCGCAUCCAUCCAUUUCGAGAACGCAACUCCACCUGCACACGGAAGUCUACAGAAUCAGUUACAGAUGCAGACUUCUUCGUAAGCUGGGGCUCCACAGUACGUGGGAUCUUCCUCCCUGCUCUCCACCACAAGUUCAAAUCUCAUGAUCUGGAGCAUUUGUACCAGCAGCACUCAUCUGGCCAACGGCGAACUUCCCUUGUAGUCACUAAUGUCAUUGAUAUUCUUACCAAACUCCACAUUCUCUUCAUCUACCUGGCUUUGGCCCCUGAGAUGGUGGACUCUCAACACGGAUGGUUGGCCGGGCUCUUAAUGGCGCUUGGAGCAAUCAUAUGUGUCUUAGUUCUGACUUGUAAAGGGCUGAUGUCUCCAGAUUACCUUCGCUAUGCUGGGCUGGCAAGCUGGCUGUCACAGACUGUUCAGGCACUGGGUGGAUUAGUGUACGGAUUGGAGACAGACCAGUCCUGGUAUGUGCUCUUCACCCUUUUUGCCAUCUACACACUAUUGCCCCUACCUCUGCUAUGGUCCAUCUGCAUGGGAUUCCUCACUGCUGCCUUGCACCUGUUGGUGGAUACCUUUAGGAACUACAAUGACACGGCCGUUGUAAGAAAGUUACUAGCGAAAGGUCUAUUGUACAUGGGCAUGAAUACUGCAGGGCUUUUCAUCCACUAUUUAUCUGAUCGCGCCCAAAGGCAGGCCUUCCUUGAGACACGUCGUUGCAUUGAGGGACGGGUCAAGAUGGAGAGAGAGAACCAGAGACAGGAGCGCUUGGUGAUGUCUAUUCUUCCUCGAUUUGUUGCUAUGGAGAUGAUUGGUGAUAUGACUGCCCUGGAUGAUGAAUUGCUUCCUCAACAGUUCCAUAAAACCUACUUUCAUCAAUACAAAGAUGUCAGCAUCCUGUUUGCUGAUAUAAAAGGCUUCACCUCUCUCUCCAUGACCAUGCCGGCUCAAGAGUUGGUGCGGACACUCAAUGAGCUGUUUGGUCGCUUUGAUCGUCUUGCAGAGGAGAAUCACUGCAUGAGGAUAAAGAUUCUUGGAGAUUGUUACUACUGUGUGUCCGGUGUCCCAGAGCCCCAGACUGCACAUGCCCGCUGCUGUGUAGAGAUGGGUCUGGCAAUGAUCAACACUAUACGUUAUGUCCGCAAGGAGCUGAAGAGAGAUAUGGACAUGCGAAUUGGAAUCCACUCUGGCUCGGUCCUGUGUGGGGUUUUGGGUCUUCAGAAAUGGCAGUUUGACGUGUGGUCUUGGGACGUAGAUGUUGCCAACAUGCUAGAGGCUGGAGGAAUCCCAGGGAGGAUUCAUAUAUCGCGAGCCACCCUGGACUGUCUCGAGGGUGUUUACGAGACCGAAGAGGGCCGAGGACAUGAGCGCAAUGAGUUUUUACGCAAGCACAAGAUCGACACUUUUCUAAUCCGCCACACACCCCAAGAUGACAAGGAGCCCCCUAAAGUCAGGAGAACCAGCAAAGAUGAGACGACAUGGAGUGCAGAGCUGCCUUUUGAUAACAUCAUUGGAAUGAACUGUAUCUUAGCCACUUUUACCAAUGGCUCCUUGGUGCACCUGCCCAAUCAGAUUACUCCUCACUGUGCCGGGUCUCGAGAAAUCAACAAGAGAAUCAAGCAGGCCAUCGAGGUGCGCAGUAGUGAACGAAUGCGCAAAGAACACAUCACACCCUUCACUCUGGUCUUCAAAGACACACACAUCGAGGGAAAGUUUUCUCAAAUGAGAGAUGAGAUGUUCAAGUCCAAUUUGGCCUGUUCCUUUCUGCUGCUCCUCUUCAUUAUGGCUGCCCAAGCCCUCAUCCCAUCUCCACAAUUUUAUCCCAUGGUAAUCCAGUUUUUAGUGUUCCUGUUUGUCUACAUGCUGGUGCUUCUGGUCACUCUGGCUGAGGAAUUUAAGCGCUCGCCUCCAUAUUUACAGCAUCUCUGCUGCUGGAUCCAUGAGACCAAGAGUAUCCGGAAUUUGCUCACCCUCACCGCUAUUGCUACUAACUUUGGUGUAGCCUCCUGCAACAUUUUUUGGUGUAACAGCACAUUUGAAGAGACUGAGAAAAGCAGCAAGAACUCAGAACAGGGCACUCAGUGGCCAGUGACCAUCUGCACACAUCCUGAGUUCUUCGUUUUGAGUGGUGUGGUGGCAAUGGUUACGUGUGCCGUCUUCCUGAGGCUCAGCUGUCUAUUGAAACUAGCGGUGCUGAUGUUAGUCAUUGCAGUUUACACAUACCUCAUUGAGGUAGCCUUCCAUGUGCUCUUUAUCCGCCAACAUCAAAACAGCCAAAUUCAGAGAUCUCAAUACCUCAGACGGAAAGGCAUUUCUGUGCUGCUAAUGGCCAUGUUUGUUGUGGUCGUCCUUUACAACAGUAGACAGCUAGAAACUACGUCCAGGCUUGACUUCCUGUGGCGUCUGCAGGCCAGGCAGGAAGUGGAGGACAUGAAGGAACUAAGGGAGCAUAACGAGUGUCUGCUGUACAACAUCCUUCCUGCCCACGUCGCUCGCCACUUUCUCGAGAGAGACAGAAACAAUGAGGACCUGUUCUCUGAAUCGUACGAGCGAGUUGGAGUGAUGUUCGCUUCCAUUCCAGGCUUUUCUGAUUAUUACGAGAAGAAAGAGUUGAUUCAUCAAGACGUGGAGUGUCUGCGUCUUCUUAAUGAGAUCAUUGCUGACUUUGAUGAGCUACUGGAUGAGCCUUACUUUCAGGACAUUGAGAAAAUCAAAACCAUUGGCAGCUGCUACAUGGCUGCAUCGGGCCUUUCUCCUGAUAAACAGGAAUGUGAAGAUGAGUGGGCUCACCUCAGUACACUGGUUCUGUUCGCUUUGGCCAUGCAAGAAACUCUAAAAGAAAUAAACAAACGUACCUCUAAUGACUUCUGGUUGCGUGUUGGUAUUUCUCAUGGGCCUGUAAUUGCCGGUGUGAUCGGUGCCACAAAGCCUCAGUAUGAUAUUUGGGGCAUGACUGUAAAUCUUGCUAGCCGAAUGGACAGCACAGGGCUCAGUGGGCGUAUUCAGGUGCCAGAAGCCACCAGCCGUAUCCUGGCAGACCACGGCUUUAUGCUGCAGCUUAGAGGGGAAAUCUAUGUCAAAGGAGUUAGCGAGCGGCGAGGAGCGGUCCGCACAUAUUUCGUAAGCAGCAGGGAACACAAUUCAAGCUACGCUGAGAGAAACACUAGCAGAGGGAUCUCUCUUGGGAGAAACACUCUCGCCGCUGUGGUCUUUUCCCUGGUGCAGGCCCGCAAGAAAGAACAAUUACGAGAAGCCAAUGGAGGAUUUCAUCUGAAGGACAUGGCAUGAAUUUGGAUUGAAACCUGGACAGAAGCCAUAUUUAAUACCUCUUCAGUUUUUUUUAGACUGGUGUCUGUUUCAUGAGUCAUUGCCUUCAAAUGAUUUUCUGCAAUCUCUGUCUUUCUUUCUGAAUGGUAACAACUUCAUAUCUCAUGUAUAACCAGAUUUCUAAAGGAUUUCUUAUUGCAAUGGAAAGAACAAAUUGCUUCUAAAAGUCAUGUUUCUUAUGUCUUGGAAGUUUUUAAACUAUAAAAUUGGGAAUUUGUUAUAGCAGAGCUGCAAAUAAACACUCUAUAUUUUGGAUCCAGACCAAAACUGCAAAAACAAAGGAACUCUGGAUUAUUUCAAAGAUGACAAUUCCUAGUUGAGAUUUCUGUAUCUUUAUCUGGAUAUUUUUCCCAUAGUUUUCUGUAAUCAACUACCAGUGAAUUGUGAGAAAUGAAGGGUCUGACAUCACCAUUGCAAAAAGCUAGUUAGCUGAUUAUCUGAUGCAUGUGUAUUAGCCAAUGACACUCUGGAAAAGCUAUAAAUCUCAGGAUUAUUCAUCCAGCUUAGAUGACUUUCUAUGAAAAGUAAUAUUUAGACUUUUGUGUGUAAUUGACCGUUUAUUAACUCCCUUUUUAUUUUAUGAUGUUUACAUGGUCACAUGUGGUAGUGUGACAGGAAAAGCUUCUGUCUGUUUCUUGUUUUUUUUGGUUGUUGGCUUAAUAGUGAGUCAGAAUUACAAUGAGGUCUUGGUGAAUGCAUUAAA